GAUACACGACUCGCGUUAUUUCGCGCCGAGCUAGCAGCGAUAUCACAGCUUCUGAUCCCGGAUUCCGCUCCUCGCUAUUGUGUUUACAAAUUGGCAAAAUUGCGUGUGUUGAUUAUAAUUGCGUGCGAUUAUAGACAAUUGUUGGGGGAACCGAUUGUCGGCACGCAAAUGUCGUAACAUAUAAACGAUAGAAAUCACCGAUAGACGGAAUUUGUUUUAAGACUCGAGCGAUUCUAAAAAGUAAUACCGAUCUUCAGACGGAACGGUUUGGCGGUCGUCCCGAAAGUCUAUCAGUUUAGUGCAUUGUAAACAUCUGGCAAUUGCUGAACAAUACAAUCAUUCAGAAAGAUAAUCCAACGUGCUCGCGUAUCAACGACGUUUAACCUUCUCAUAGUCAUAACUCGCGCAACCUUGAUGACAGAGUCGGUGUUAUCGUGAUAUUGACAGUAAUAACAUCGUAAAAAAAGUGAGGUUAAUCAGUUAAAACAAAGAUCUUUGGCAUCGUUACGAGGAAGACACACGGUCAUCGAUAAAUUGGACUCUAACGACCGUCUCACAAAGUUCCAAUAAUUCGCAGAUCUCUCAGCGGGAUAAGAAUUUUCGAGUGCACGAAAAUGAAUUCGUACAGAUGGAACAGGGAGAUAUGCGAGCCAGAAUUCGUUCGACAAGAGACGAAAAAGAUAGAGUUAGGGGAGAAGGGAUCCGGCCUCAGAUCACGGGGAGAGAUCCAGGAUUUCAAUACGUUGAGACGAGAGUGCUUGGCAACGGGGAGACUCUUCGAGGAUCCUGAAUUCCCGGCCAACGACUCGUCGCUAUACUUCUCCCGCAGACCGGACAGAUACAUAGAAUGGAAGCGACCGAUGGAAAUCGCGGAUGAUCCUCAGCUCUUCGUGGAGGGUUUCUCGAGAUUCGACGUUCAGCAAGGAGAGCUAGGAGACUGCUGGUUGCUGGCUGCCGUGGCGAAUCUGACUAUGCAUUCAAAUUUGUUCUUUCAAAUAGUGCCAGAAGAUCAAAGCUUCGAUGAAAAUUACGCAGGAAUCUUUCACUUCAGAUUUUGGCAGUACGGUAGAUGGGUCGAUGUAGUGAUUGACGAUCGACUGCCCACCUGUCGUGGAGAAUUGGUGUACUUGCAUUCGGCCGAGAGUAAUGAAUUUUGGAGCGCCCUUCUCGAGAAAGCAUACGCGAAACUUCAUGGCUCUUACGAGGCGUUAAAGGGCGGCACAACCUGCGAGGCCAUGGAGGAUUUCACUGGUGGAGUAACGGAAAUGUAUCAAAUGGAUCAAACGCCGCCGAAUUUGUUCAACAUAUUGUUAAAAGCCUUUGAGAGGAAUUCAUUGCUGGGUUGUUCCAUCGAGCCCGAUCCCAACAUAUUGGAGGCCGAAACACCUCAAGGAUUGAUACGUGGUCACGCAUACAGCGUCACUCGUGUGAAGAACGUGGAAAUUCAUAUGCCGAAUCGGUACGGUACCAUACCUUUAUUGAGGCUUCGGAAUCCUUGGGGAAACGAGGCGGAAUGGAAUGGACCUUGGAGCGAUCAAUCACCGGAAUGGAGAUUCAUCCCCGAUCAUGAGAAAGAGGAGCUUGGCCUGACCUUUGAUAUGGACGGCGAGUUUUGGAUGUCGUUUCAAGAUUUCACCCGUCACUUCACUCAACUCGAGAUAUGCAAUUUGAAUCCCGAUUCGUUAACGUCGAAUGAUAUCAGCGCCGGGAAGAAACGGUGGGAGAUGAGCGUAUUCGAGGGAGAAUGGGUGCGCGGAGUGACAGCGGGUGGUUGCAGAAACUUUUUAGAGACCUUCUGGCAUAAUCCGCAGUAUCGUAUUACGCUGGAACAUCCAGAUGACGAUGAUGACAAGUGUACCGUAAUCGUCGCUCUAAUGCAAAAAAACAGAAGGGCGCAAAGAAGGAUGGGUGCUGAUUGCCUCACUGUCGGAUUCGCGAUAUAUCAUUUGGAGUAUCCGGACAGACUACCAAAACCACUAGACAUGAAUUUCUUCAAAUACAACGCGUCUGUUGGACGUUCACCGGCAUUUAUAAAUUUACGAGAAGUUACAUGUCGUUUUAAAUUGCCGCCGGGUGUUUACUGCAUAGUUCCGAGUACUUUCGAUCCGAACGAGGAAGGUGAAUUCUUAUUGAGAAUCUUCUCCGAGAACAAGAACAAUAUGGAAGAAAAUGAUGAUGAAGUCGGUAUAGGAGAAGUUGAUGAUAGGGUAAUUAAUCCCGCGGGCGGUAAGGAAGGUCAAAAUGGAGAUAACGUUCCCGAGGAACCCGAACAAGACCGCAAUACCGAGAAAGUCCGAGAAUUCUUCAAGAAACUUGCUGGCGAUGAUUUAGAAGUGGACUGGAUGGAGCUGAAAGAUAUCUUAGAUUUCGCCAUGAGGAAAGAGUUACCGCAGUUGGCGCAGCGUAGCGAGGCUCCCGAAACUGUUGAAGGAAAUGGUUCGUUUGUCGAGACUCUCAUCUCACUGCUGUGCGGCAUUGUUUGUAAUAAUGAACAGUACAAUAAACCCGUAGAGACUCAUGACAGAGGUUUCAGCAAAGAUAUAUGUCGCAGUAUGGUUGCUAUGUUGGAUGCAGAUCACUCCGGCAAACUCGGUUUUGAAGAAUUUAAAACAUUGUGGAACGACAUCAGAAAGUGGAGGGCUGUUUUUAAACUGUAUGACAGAGACGAAUCGGGAUAUUUAAGUGCAUUUGAAUUAAGACAAGCGUUAAAUAGCGCGGGAUACCGUUUAAACAAUCAUAUUCUUAAUAUAUUGGUUCAUCGUUAUGGUACUAAAGAAGGCAAGAUUACUUUCGACGAUUUCAUAAUGUGCGCGGUCAGAAUCAAAACAAUGAUUGAUAUUUUUAGAGAGAGAGAUCCAGAUAAAACCCAGACAGCUACAUUUACAUUGGAAGAAUGGAUGGAAAAAACACUCUAUUCGUAACAAUUAAGAUAUAAAUAUUCAAUUUUAUCUUAAACGAGAAUCUUUCUGAUACCAAUGUAUCAGAUUGUGAUGAUAAAUGGCCGUAACUAUGAAUAAGAUAUAAGAAUAUUUUUUAAAGGGUAAUCGCAAAAGAAAGUACUUUUUUUAAUUUUUAAAUAAUAUAUAUGUACAAAAAGCUUAUUAACUUUCUUUGAACUGCUGUUAUGAAAGCACUUAUAUAAAUUUAUGCAGCAUAAAUUUAAAAAGAAUGAGAAACUAUCUUUAUACAUAACACACACACACACACAUAUAUAUUUUACCAUCUGUAAUAAUUGUUGAUCGAUAAGUGGAAGAAUAUAUUUAUGAUAUCUUGUGCCUUAA